UGUGUGUGAAUGACUCUCAGGAUGACGCCGUCGUCGCGUCUCCGGAGCAGAAGCAGGAGCUCUCCUCCAUCGCCCAGAGAAUUGUUGCUCCGGGGAGGGGCAUCCUGGCCGCCGAUGAGUCUGUGGGCACCAUGGGGAAGCGGCUGCAGAAGAUCGGCGUGGAGAACACCGAGGAGAACCGCCGCGCGUUCCGCGACCUGCUCUUCUCCGUCGAUCCCGCCAUCGCCGAGUGCGUGGGCGGGGUCAUCUUCUUCCACGAGACGCUGUACCAGAAGUCUGACGCGGGCGUCCCCUUUCCCAAGGUCAUCAGGGACAAGGGGAUCGUGGUGGGGAUCAAGGUGGACAAAGGGACCGCUGGAUUGAAUGGAACCGAUGGAGAGACGACCACACAAGGUCUGGAUGGUCUCUCAGAGCGCUGUGCGCAGUAUAAGAAGGACGGCUGCGACUUCGCCAAGUGGCGCUGUGUGCUGAAGAUCUCCGACGCCUGCCCCUCGGCCCUCGCCAUCGCCGAGAACGCCAACGUGCUCGCCCGCUACGCCAGCAUCUGCCAGCAGAACGGGCUGGUGCCGAUAGUGGAACCGGAGAUCCUGCCUGAUGGAGACCACGACCUUCAGCGCUGCCAGUACGUCACCGAGAAGGUCCUGGCAGCUGUGUACAAGGCCCUGUCCGAUCACCACGUCUACCUGGAGGGCACCCUGCUGAAGCCGAACAUGGUCACUGCGGGACACUCCUGCCCCAAAAAGUUCACCCCUCAAGAGGUUGCCAUGGCGACGGUCACUGCGCUGAGGCGCACGGUGCCUGCCUCUGUGCCGGGGAUCUGCUUCCUGUCCGGAGGCCAGAGCGAGGAGGAGGCCUCCCUUAACCUGAACGCCAUUAACCAGACCCCCCUGGGCCGGCCCUGGAAGCUCAGCUUCUCCUUCGGCCGCGCCCUGCAGGCCUCGACCCUCUCAGCCUGGCAGGGGCAGGCAGGAAACCGGCAGGCUGCGCAAGAGGCCUUCUGCGCCCGCGCCAAGAUUAACAGCCUGGCCUCUAAGGGCGAGUACAAGCCCACGGGCGGGGCCGACCAGGCAGCCACGCAGAGCCUCUACACCGCCAGUUACGUCUACUAGGGCUGUGACCUGCGCCCCCCAGCACUGACCUGGGAUCAGCUCACCUGCGCGCCCCCCCCCAGCACUGACCUGGGAUCAGCUCACCUGCACACAGGGACACCUUUCUGAAUCCCAACACUGAUUCAGGAUCAGUCUGUAUCUACACCCCUGCACACAGGGACCCCUGCUUUAUGAAAUCCCAACACUGAUUCAGGAUCAGUCUGUAUCUACACCCCUGCACACAGGGACCCCUGCUUUAUGAAAUCCCAACACUGAUUCAGGAUCAGCCUGUACGAAUCCUCCUGCUUUGUGUGCCUGCGGGAGCCCUGUUUGCUGUCUCUGGAAUAAAACCUGUGAUCAUGUUA